GCCAGUGCAGUGGUACAGCAACACGCCGCGUCACCCCACAGGAUCAAGGCUAUCGAGAGCAGUAACAAGGAGGACGACACCAAGUGGCUGACCUACUGGGUGGUGUAUGGUCUCUUCAGCGUGGCCGAGUUCUUCUCGGACAUCUUCCUCUACUGGUUCCCAUUCUACUAUGCUGGGAAGUGCGUGUUCCUGCUGUGGUGCAUGGCACCAGUCUCCUGGAACGGCUCUCAGAUCCUGUACAAGCGCCUGGUCCUCCCCUUCUUUCUGAAGCACCAGGCCUCUGUGGACAGUGUUGUGAACGACUUGAGCGGCCAGACCAUCCACGCAGCCGAGAGCCUGACGCGAGGAGUUCUGCACACUCUGGUUCAAACCAAGACCUUGCUGCCUGCAGACUCAGGCCCUAAAGAGCUGCCCGGCACUUCUCAACCGACCUCGUCACAGACCACGUCCUUGACCAUCCGAAGUCACAGUGAUUGCACAACUGAAGGAAGAACUUUGAACUCCUGCUCUAUAGACUUGAAGAAAGAAACCAUAAAACUUGUUUGCAUGCUCACAGACUGAUAUGAACCCCUUCCUGUACUCCUCCCUCACACGCCCACAAUCUCUGAUUCAUAUUCACAUCAGUUGCACAUCAGAUUCUAUCUUGACACACUCUUGUAUUCGUUUAUCAGUAAAUGCAGAAGUUUUUCUCCCCUCCCCUAAUCACUUCUGCAGUGGGCUGUUGCAGCAUAGAUUGACCUAAUUCAAGGUUUAUCCACUCAAGACUCCUACUGUCACCUGAAUAAGUAGCUGGUUAAUUCUGGUUUUAAAAUAAUCUCAUUUUCAAGGCAGUUUCAGUCCAGUGGAAGUUUAAUUGCAGUGUGUCAAAUUAACUUUAUUUAAACAGCAACUCACACACACACACACACACACACACACACACACAUUCACAAAGAGCUUGCAAGACUUCUUCCCACGUAGCUUUAAUGAAAAGAUUUCAGUGUGUCCAGUGAUCACCAGUAAUCUGUCACAAGCACAGCACACAACGUAUUCAUUCAGGGACAGAGCGUGUCCACUCGGCAUUUCCAAACGCCCCCUUGUGGCUUCUCCCUUGGCUGUCUUCUGUGUACAGAUUUCUUUUUAAUCCUGAUGGUGUUUUUAUACAGAUGGCCAGGGGAACAUUUAUGAGCUGUUGCAGCUACUGGGGGCAAAACCUACAAACAGAACCACGUAUCCGUGAUCCUCGCUUGUGUCUCUUUCAAUCCAGUCCUUGAUUUUGAAUGGAGUGAAAGAGAUGCACCUGAAUACCACUGCUAUAUAAAAUAUGUAAUUUCUAUGGUUUCACAAUCUAAACAAGCUUAUGAUUACAUUAUUGUUUAGUCAGUCCAAUAAAAGGUAUCACACCUCAUUGUCUCUGUCUAUGAGUUGUGUAUCUAUUAUAAUGCAUAGAUUUUUUAUUUCAAAUUUUUGGCAGAGAAACUUCUCAAACCGCAGAGUUCACACAGCUGUUCAAAAAAACAGUUGAUAUUUUUGACAGUGAUUGAAAGUUUUAUGGGUGAGUGUUUUAACAAUUCUAAUACUGAUAAUGAAUAAAGAUAGAAUUUCUACUUAUGGAACAUGUGCAUGUAAAUGAAGGCUUUAUUUGAUGGGGAAAAAAACAUCUUUGUGUUAUCUUGUUAAAGAGAAUUUUUAUUUCAAUCAAUAAAACUGAAUAAUAUUUAA